AUGAAAUAUAAAUCCCUAUUAUUUUUUACAUUAUUCUUAACUUAUUACGAUGCGAAUGCUCAAAACCGUGGUAAAGGACUCGAAGAGAAAGUCCGUAAUCUUAAAGACUUGACUGCGAAAUAUUCUAUGAUAUCGCUGAAUCUCAAUAGAUUCAAAGAAUAUGUACGCUCUCCGCCUAGAGACUACUCCUUCGUGGUCAUGUUUACAGCAAUGGCACCAUCUAGAAAGUGUGCUAUCUGCCAGCAUGUAUACGACGAGUAUACGAUCGUUGCUAAUUCAUUCCGAUUCUCAUCUGCCUACUCGGAUAAACUAUUCUUUGGUAUAGUUGACUUUGAUGAAGGAUCUGAUAUUUUCCAAAUGUUACGACUGAACACAGCUCCAGUGAUCAUGCACUUCCCCGCCAAAGGUAAACCAAAACCCGCUGAUUCCAUGGACUUUGAGAGAGCUGGUAUUCAUGCGGAGGCUAUUGCUAAGUGGAUUCAAGACAGAACUGAUGUUCAAAUCAGAAUAUUCCGUCCACCGAACUAUUCAGGAGUCGCAGCAUUCUUAGUUCUGUUCAUCUUUAUAGCAAUUUUCUUCUAUGUCCGUCGGAAUAAUCUCGAGUUCCUAUACAAUAAGCAGAUGUGGGCCAUUAUAGCUGUGUUCAUAUGUUUUGCUAUGGUCUCGGGACAGAUGUGGAACCAAAUACGAGGUCCACCAUUCUUCCACAGAACCAAGAACGGCCCAGUUUAUAUAAAUGGUGGUUCCCAUGGACAGUUUGUGCUUGAAAGCUAUAUUGUAGCUAUGUUAAAUUGUGCUGUAGUAGUCGGUAUGAUAUUAAUGAUUGAGGCUGCCGGUGGAGUAAACGGGAAGGAUGUUCGACCACAGGAGGGAAAGAGGAGGAGGUUCUAUUCUGUGGUUGGUUUAGUUCUCGUGUGUGUCUUCUUUUCAUUACUUUUAUCCGUCUUCAGAGCUAAGACACAAGGAUAUCCUUACAGGUAA